AUGUUUCCUACUUUUCUUUCUUUCCUUCCUUUCCUUUCUACUUUCGUUUGUUCAUUCCUUCCACCUUUUCUUCAUUUUUUUCCUACUUUCCUUCCUUGGUACGUUGUACGUUUGUUCCUUCCUUUCUUCCACCUUUUCUUCUUCCUUCCUUCAUUCCUUCCUUUCUUCCAUCCUUCCUUGCUUUUCAUCCAUUCAUUUAUCCAUUCUGUCCUUCCUGUCUUUCCAACUUCCUUUAUUCACCCUUCCUUUUUAUCAUCCAUCCAUUCAUCCUUCCUUCCGUCCAGUACUCGAUCUUACCAAAGAUUCCUUCCUUCCUUCCUUCCUUCCUUCCUUCCUUCCUUCCUUCCUUCCAUUCAAUCGUUCUUUCUUCCUCCAUUCCUUCCUUUCUUCCUUCCUUCCUCCAUUCCAUCAUUCAUUCAUUCAUCCUUCCUUCCUUCCUUCCUUCCUUCCUUCCUUCAUUCCACUUAUCCUCCCUUCUUCCUUUCUUCUUUUUCAUCCUUCCUUUUUAUCAUCCAUCAGUUAAUCCUUCCUUCCGUCGAGUACUCAAUCUUUACAACGAUUCCAUCUUUCUUUCUUUCCUUCCUUUUUUCUUUCUUUCUUUCUUUCUUUCUUUCUUUCUUUCUUUCUUUCUUUCUUUCUUUACUCGAUCUUUCCAACGAUUCCUUCCUUCCUUCCUUCCUUCCUUCCUUCCUUCCUUCCUUCCUUUCCAUUCAUCCUUCCUUCCUUCCUUUUCAUGCAUUCAUUUAUCCAUUCUGUCCCCCUGUCUUUCUUCCCAACUUUAUUCAUCCUUCCUUUUUAUCAUCCAUCCAUUCAUCCUUCCUUCCCUCCAGUACUCGAUCUUUCCAACGAUUCCUUCUUUCUUUCUUUCUUCCAUCAAUUCAUCCGUUCUUUCUUCCUCCAUUCCUUCCUUUCUUCCUUCCUUCCUCCCUUCCCUCCACUCAUCCUCCCUUCCUCCAUUCCUUCCUUUCUUCCUUUUCAUCCUUCCUUUUUAUCAUCCAUCAGUUAAUCCUUCCUUCCGUCCAGUACUCGAUCAUUAAAACGAUUCCAUCUUUCUUUCUUUCUUUCUUUCUUUCUUUCUUUCUUCUUACUUGCCUACUUCCUUUCCUUUUUGACUUGAGUACUUCCUUCCUUCCUUCUUACUUGCCUACUCCUCUUCCUUCCUUCCUUCCUGCCUUCCUUCCUUCUUACUUGCCUACUCCUCUUCCUUCCUUCCUUUCUUCUUAUCAUCCUUAUUACCUUCCUUCCUUCCUUCCCUUCUUUCUUAUACUUAAUUAUCUCUUUCCUGUCUGCCUUCCUUAG